AUGCUGCAGAGCCCGCCGUGCCCCCGGCCCGGCCCGCCGCCCUCCAAGACCCCCUUCCACAUCGAAGCGCUCCUCGCCCGGGACCCGCCGCGCCGCGGCCCCACCGCCUCCAUCGCAUCCAUCCCGUCCAUCACCUCCAUCCCGUCCAUCCCGCCGGCCCCGCGCUGGCCCGCGGCGGGACCCGCUCCGGGAGCGGCAGCGGGAGCGGCAGCAGGAGCCGGCCCGGGAGCGGGGCUGGGGCCGCUGCCCGGCGGGUGGGGCUGGGGCUGGGGCUGGGGCGGUGCAGGUCUGGAGUUGUCUCACUGUGUCGGGACCAACUCUCUUGGCCCUGUGGGGCCUUGGAGGUCGGGGGGGCCCUGCAAGAUGAAGAGGGUCCGCACUGUCUUCAAACCAGAGCAGCUGGAGAGGCUGGAGCAGGAAUUCCUCAAGCAGCAGUACAUGGUGGGCACGGAGCGAGUGGACCUGGCUGCAACUCUGCACCUCACGGAGACGCAGGUGAAAGUCUGGUUCCAGAACCGGAGGAUCAAGUGGAGGAAGCAGAGCAUGGAGCAGAAGGCGGCAAAGCUGUCCCAGUUUGGGGUGAUCCAGCCCGCGAGCGCCGACUCCACGGACAUCAAGGACCAUGAGGAGGACACCGUGGACGUGGAGCUUUGA